CCAGACAUCUAUGCAUCCCAUUGACGGAAUUUAUAGGUACUGGUCAGAGUUUGAACUUAACGAUGGAGGUCAAGAGGACCACUUGAGAUAGUAAGGCGUUAUAGAUCUGCUGUUGGCAGUAACUGCCUAUUUCACCAUCUCGCCAUCUCACCGUCCAUUUGUCUUCAAGAUUAUUAAACACAAUGCCGACGAUAAAUGUCAGUAAGCACACCCGAAACUACAGCCCAGACGGUAUCGAAAUACAGAGUCAUAAAACCUGGAAAUAUCCUCGCUCCUAAAAGCAUCUUCUUAUCAAUCACUAGUCGAAUCAGCAUGCCAAUUUUACUCAUAUUAGAGUCGCAGUCGGUAUUCCUACGAAAAGUAUCGUCUUCAACAUCAGUUCGUGCUUUAGAAGUUCUGUUUUAAAUUGAGCUGCAAUUGAGACUCUCUACCUUGUAUACUUCUCACUUUGAGACUACCAAAUGCGAUUUGACAUUACAAUUCUCGUUGCUUCCCUCGCAACUAUUAGCACUGACGAUACAAUGACGGUCUUUGCGGAGUGUGGCCCUUUUAGCAUUUGGGACAGCAAGAAUGCUAUAUUCUACACAGGCCCCAGCACUUAUUAUGUCGACGCCAACAGAAGUUGCAGAGGCACUGGUGUGAGUGCCUGGUACGACGGAGCUUCGUUUGGACUGGGACAAAUUUCGGGGUCACAUCAAAUACAGCCAUCAAGCUAAAUAAGCGCUGCCUCUUGAUGCUCUCGGGAGCCAAUCAGGCCUGCCCCGCAUACAGGUGUUAUAAGGCGGAGUGGGAGGAGGUUAGCUGC